AUGUUGGACUGUUCUGAAAAUUUGUCAGCUGUGAUCGAAAAUUAUGUGCCCAGCUUGGAAGAGCUAAAAGAGGUUUUUCAAAGUUCGUUGAAAUUGAAUUUCGAAACUGUGGAAGUAGACAUUGUUAACUGCCCUGAUCUUUCAAAAUCUCCAUUCCACCAGACAUCAUCUGGUUUCGGUCAAAACCUUCGGAUCGCUGAAGUUGGAGGACCUGGAAACUUGUAUCCCGGAUUUCACAUUAACCAUCAAUUCGAUAUCAAAACUAUCGGAAAAGUUUGUGAACAUCCAGAAGCAUCGGUGUUCGGACCAGGAGCAGGACCAUGGCCAGUAGUAAGGCAAAACUGUGAGAUGGUGGCAGAUGUGAAUUUGAAAACUGGAAGAGUUGGGACAAGAAUCGCCGAGAUUGAUACCAAAAACGAAAAAUUGUAUGUUCAACGAACCAUCGACGUGCCAAAGUUCAGUUUGAUGGCGAAUCUGGCUUUGUCAGAUGCUGAUAAGUCAUCGAAAGUUGUUCAUUUCAAAGCGUCAGGGAGAACCGGACAAAAGAAUGUGACCAAUUGCAUCAGGGACGGAUUGCAAGAACAUUUUGGAGAGAAAGUUGUGUCUCUCGCUGGUCAGUUUAUAAUCCAUUCCGGCCAAGCUAAGCUCCACGUAAUGCCUCAUUUCCCGGGAUGCCCAUUUGAAAACAACGAGGAAGUUGACAAAUGGCUCAACUAUUUUACGAUGAGUGCUCCUCUCGUCUGUUCUACUGUGAUGCACUCUUAUGAUCCUGGUCAUAAUUUGAGAUUAGAGCACACUCAUUGCUAUAGUGAUCAUGGUGAUGCGGGGCAUUAUCAUUAUGAUGUGACGCCAGAUUCUGUUUCUUAUGAAGGAUGGUUCGCACCAGCUAAUAGAAUCUACAGAAUCGAUGAGGUUGCUAAUCGUUAA